UAAUGGGUUGUCAUCAAUGGCUUUACCAUCUUCUUUCCUUGAGGCGGCUAAUCAUCUCAUUACAACCUCUAUACCGCAUCAUUGGCCGUUCUCUAAUGGCCUUUGCCGAUGCCAUGUUAUCGGUUUACUUUCGUUGUUGCAACCUGUCCAAAUUUAUUGUCCACCUCGAUGACAACGAGACAAAAGUGUACAUUUGGGCAGCCAAGCAUCCCAAAUGCAACAAGCCGAACCUUGUUCUCAUCCACGGAUUUGGCUCAAAUUCCAAGUGGCAAUUCAUUUUUCAGGUACGUCAACUGACACAUGAUUUUAAUGUAUACAUACCGGAUCUAGUGUUCUUUGGUGAAUCAUACUCUACCAAAUUGGAUCGUAGUGUUUGGUUUCAAGCAAAGUGUGUGCGCGAAGGAUUGAAGAAGAUGAAAGUGAAGAAAUGUUCGGUGUAUGCAAUUAGUUAUGGCGGAUUUGUUGGAUAUCAAAUGGCGGCGGCGGCGGAUGAUGAUGAGGAGGAAAUAAUACUAAUGGUGGAGAAGUUGGUGAUUGUGAGUAGCGGAAUUGUGUGUAAACAUGACAGCAAAUUGGAACAUGUAAACAAGAUAGGGCGGAACGUGGUGGAUUUGUUGGUCGCAAAAACGCCCGAGGAUUUAAGGAUGUUGUGCCGAAUGUCGGUUAGUAAGUAUGAUUUUACUAAAUGGUUUCCGGAUUUCUUCCUUUGGGGUUUCAUUGAUUUUGAACGUUGCAAAAGGGAAAAGGAAGAACUAGUGCACGAAUUGCUCAUGGAGAAGCCCGAUAUUGAUCUUCUGGUUGUUAAACAGGAAACACUCUUAGUAUGGGGUGAAAAAGACCACGUUUUCCCUGUUGAAUGGGCUUAUCAACUACAUAGGCAUCUGGGUGUAAAAUCGAAGCUCCAUAUAAUUAAGGGUGUUGGCCAUGCUCUAAAUCUUGAAGCUCCGUACUCAUUGAAUCGAUUUAUUUCAACAUUCGUUUUAGGCUCAAGCCAAAAAUAGGGUACCUAAGCCCUCUCACUAAACAGUUUCAGAAUCAACAUGAAAGAAAGAAGCAAAUCGCGUAACAAAACAUACAAAAGUUAUCUCACUCAUGGGGCUUGACUUGAUGUCAUGUAGGUCUGUAUAUAAUCGACCAAAGUAAUUUUAGGAGAGAUUUUAAAAAAGAAAGUGGAGAGAAUACAUGAUGGUUGGAGUUGUAGAAAGCUAGUGGUGGUCAUCAUCGGUGAUGGUAGCUAGCGUGUUAGAAAAAUAAAAUAGAUAAUCAAGUUGAUUUGUAUAUCAUGCUUUUAAUUUCAUAGAUAUCGUAAAUCGUUUUGCAUUCAACCUUUGUUUUACCAAUUUAGUGAUAUAUAUUGAAAGUAGUAAUGUGCAAAAAUAUCUAAGCAAAAAGGAAUAAAAUGACCGAAGGUAGUUUGUUCAAA